AUGGCGAAUAAUGCAACUUCCAAGACUGCAGAUGGCAAGCUUGCUGAUCUGGAGAAAGACACUGUCGAUCUUAAUUCCAAGCAACAUAUGACUACCGACUAUGGCAUCAAGAUCUCGGACCCUGACCACUGGCUCCGCGUAGCUGAUGAGAAGAAGACCGGCCCUUCGCUUCUAGAGGAUCAGAUUGCCCGUGAAAAGAUCAUGCGAUUUGACCAUGAACGCAUUCCAGAGCGAGUCGUGCACGCCCGGGGAACGGGUGCAUUCGGCACAUUCAAGCUUUACGAGAGUGCAGAAGAUGUGACCUCUGCAGGUGUUUUGACAGACACUAGUCGGACAACACCUCUUUUCCUGCGUUUCUCGACGGUGCAGGGUAGCAAAGGAAGUGCAGACACUGUCCGUGACGUGCGCGGGUUCGCCGUUAAGAUGUAUACUUCCGAGGGCAACUGGGAUAUUGUUGGCAACAACAUCCCUGUAUUCUUCAUUCAAGAUGCGAUCAAAUUCCCUGAUGUGAUCCACGCCGUGAAGCCAGAGCCGCACAAUGAAGUACCGCAAGGUCAGAGUGCUCAUAACAAUUUCUGGGAUUUCCAGUAUCUGCAUCCCGAGGUGACGCAUAUGAAUCAAUGGAUUAUGUCUGAUCGAUCUAUUCCUCGCUCAUACCGGAUGAUGCAGGGCUUUGGCGUAAACACCUACUCUUUGGUUAACAAGGAGGGCAAGCGUCACCUUGUCAAAUUCCAUUUCACCCCUGAGCUGGGUGUUCACUCUCUUGUCUGGGAUGAGGCACUUAAGAUCAAUGGUCAAGAUCCCGACUUCCAUCGCAAGGACCUGAUGGACGCUAUUGAUGCAGGCCAAUUUCCUCGCUGGAAAUUUGGUAUUCAGGUCAUCCCCGACGAGAAGGCCGAUGAAUUCGAGUUUGAUCCUCUUGAUGCUACAAAGAUCUGGCCUGAGGAAUUGGUUCCUAUCCGUUACAUUGGAGAGAUGGAAUUGAACCGUAAUGUCGACGAAUUUUUCCCCCAGACAGAGCAGGUUGCAUUCUGUACUAGCCAUAUCGUCCCUGGCAUUGACUUCUCCAACGACCCCCUUCUUCAGGGCCGAAACUUCUCUUACUUUGAUACACAGAUCUCACGUCUGGGCCCUAACUGGCAGGAAUUACCUAUCAACCGUCCAGUCUGCCCGUAUAUGAACUUGGUGAACCGUGAUGGGGCUAUGAAGCAUCGCAUCACCAAGGGCACUGUCAACUACUGGCCUAAUCGAUUUGAGACCAAUCCGCCCGCUGCUCCAGAGCAAGGCGGCUUCACCAGUUUCCCGGAGAAGCAACAGGGUAUCAAACAGCGCGCUCUGUCGGAAAAGUUUAAAGAACACUUCAACCAAGCCCAACUGUUCUACAAUUCGUUGUCGGAAAUUGAAAAGAUGCAUGUUGCCAAGGCCUUUUCAUUUGAGCUGGAUCACUGCGACGAUCCGGUUGUUUAUAAGCGCAUGACCGAGCGUCUUGCAGCAAUCAGCUUGGAGCUUGCUCAGACUGUCGCCACCAAUGUUGGCGGUGAUACCCCAACUCAAGCCUCCAAAGAAAACAAGGGUCUCAAGUCCAAGGGAUUAAGUCAGCUGGAAUAUAUGCCAGAGAAACCUACCAUUGCGACGCGUCGUAUUGCUAUCCUUAUAGCCGAUGGCUUCGACUUCAACCAGUACAUCACCAUGAAGGAAGCCCUUCAAGCCCAGAAUGCAUUCGUCUUCACCAUUGGUGCUCAGCGCCAGGGUGUCACUUCGGAGUCGGGGCAGACAGUUGUACCCGAUCAUUUCUUCACAGGAAUGCGAUCCACUCUUUUCGAUGCCGUGUUUGUCCCUGGUGGAAAACAUGUCCAGGCGUUGUCAAAGAACGGUGUCGCCAAGCACUGGAUUUCCGAAUCAUUCGCCCAUCUCAAAGCCAUUGCCGGUGCCAAUGACGCUGUACCAUUCAUCCAGCGCCAGAUCAAUCUCCCAGAAGUCGAGGUUGCUCAGAGUGGCACCUCCCUCAAGGAGUCAUAUGGUGUCGUGACGGGACACGGAGAUGCAGCUUCCUUACUGAAAGUUGGCAAGAUUGGACCCGAUGCCAAGGGACUCGCUGAGCAGUUUAUUUGGCAUGUUUCCAGACACAGAAACUGGGCGCGUGAGUUGGAUGGACUUUCGGAUCAAAUCGCCGCCUAA